GUUUUGAUCCGAACGUAUUUAUCUUGGGGACUCUGUCAAAUGACUUAAUGCUGGUAAACACUUCCGACCACCUCCAUUUGACGUCUUCACAGCUCCUCUGCCAUCCGACUUCAGGCAGGAUUUCAUCCUUGAAGGCAGGAUGACGACAGCUCCGUAAGGAUCCCGGUCCACACGCCCAGAUGUUUGGACGCAGCUAGCGUGAGCUGUGCACGCAAGAUGGAGUGCCUGAGGCAUCUAGACGUGGUGGGCGACAUCAGCCCGGCUCUGGAGGCCACCGAGGACUUGGCCGCCCCAGGUGCUCCCGCUCCUGACGACAAGCAGCCUAAGAAGCUCCAGGAGGCGUCGUCGAGCGCCACGCUGGCCAGGCUGAGCUCCAGCGGCGUGUGGAACCUCCUGGUGGGACAGCAGCCUGAGGUGGGCCCACUUGGGCUGGCCUGGGCCGACGGCCUGAGCGUAGUGGGCCUAAGGCCCGGCAAGAGGAACCGCGCGCGAUCCACCAAUGACCUGCUGGCGCACGGCAAGGAGGGCGCCACCCCGGCCACCGGCACCGCCAACGAUGCCUUCAAGAAGGGACACAACAGGUCCAGGUCCGACGUCAACUACCGGACGGCUGGCUACACUGACAACGGGCUCCCCACUGAGGACACUCUGAAGAACGCCAUCGUCACCCACCAGAUGGAAGGUGAAAAGGGGAGCAGCAAUAGCUGCAUGGUGUUGAAGCAGGCCGAGAUGGAGUAUCGCGAGGGCCUGCGGGGCCGCUGGAGCGAGUGCCACGCGGAGCUGACGCCCUGCGAGCUGCGCCUCUACACGUUGGACAGCAGUGCCAACCGCCAGUUGGGCACCGCCUACUCGCUGUCGCACUGCCAGGGCGUGGUGGCACCCGCGCCCUGCCAGCCCGCUGAUACGCGCAUCCUGCAGGCCGUCUUUUUCAACAGUACGCGGGUGCAGCUGAGGGCCGCCACACAGUGGGAGGCGGCCGAGUGGCGGCGCCUAAUAUGGGAGAAGGUCCUGGCUGUGAGGCCUGCCAGGCAGAGGAAGGUGGUAGUGGAGAAGGUGGUCACCUUCCCCGACGCAGCCACCUCGGACGGCAUCCCCCCGCUGAGCCGUCCCACGACUCUGCCCCUGUUCAACCAGCGAUGCCAGGACGUCCUCAAAGCGGGGCUCCUUCACCAACUCUUGGAGCAAAACAACUGGUGCGCCUUCACCUUUGUCUUGAACAGAACCACUUUACAGGCGUUCCCCACCGAGGGGCGCGGCCCAGUGUCGCGCCCCGUUCGCCAGUACCUGCUGGCCUCCUGCCUGGGUGUGCACUCAGACCCCGAGGCCCCGGACCAGGGGGAGCGCUUCCAGGCGGUGUUCACCGACGACGCGCUCCGACUCAAAGCCGACACCGCCGCCAAAGCCCGGGAGUGGAUAGAGGCCCUGAGGGGGGCGGUGGGCACCCGACGUCCGGCCUGGGAGGAGUGCGGUGCCCCGCUCCCGCAGGGGGUGCUCUUGAGGUCCAGAGAGAGGAGGCAGAAGGAGCAGAGAGCCAAGAGGCAGUCGGUCACCACCAGCUUCCUCAGCCUUCUCACCUGUGUCGCCCUAGAGAAAGGACUCACGGCUCAGGGCUUCACGUGCGCAGGCUGUCAGCGUCCAGUGGGCGCCUCCAGAGGCAAAGCCAAAGUGUGCCACUACAGCGGCUGGUAUUACUGUCAAAGUUGCCACCAGGAUAAUACCUUCGUCAUCCCCGCUCGCCUGCUGCACAACUGGGACACCUGCAAGCACAAGGUGUCCAAGCAGGCUAAGGAGUUCCUAGAGUUUGUGUAUGAGGAGCCUUUACUGGACGUGCAGCAGCUCAAUGGGGGACUGUACGAGCACUGCGAGCCCCUCAGCGCUGUGCUGCGUCUCCGCCAGCAGCUGCAGUCGCUGCGUGCCUACCUCUUCAGCUGCCGCGCCACCAUCGCUGAGGACCUGCGCCGGAGAAUUUUCCCUCGAGAGUAUUUGCUGCAGCACAUUCACCUCUACUCCAUCGCUGACCUACAGCAGGUGAUUGACGGUCAGCUGGCACCCUUCCUCUCAAAGGUCAUCAAGUUCGCCAGCGCUCACGUGCUGGCGUGCACAUUGUGCCGCCAGAAGGGCUUCAUCUGCGAGCUGUGCCACAGCCAAAGUCUCAUCUACCCUUUCCAGGACAGCGCCACCGCCAGGUGUUCAGGCUGCGGUGCAGUCUUCCAUGCCGAGUGUCGCCAGAAGUGUCAGCCGUGUCCCCGCUGUGUCCGACGCGAGCUCCACCACGCCAAACGUCCAUCGUCCUUCUGCUCCCCCGACGAUGACCGCCACCUGCCCUACCACCACGCUUGAGACGUGCCGCAACAUGGCUCAAGACGGCGUCAGUGUUGCACAAGGACCUCUUUUUACAGCGUCACAAAAUGGCGGCGGCUCAGCAGUGACUACAAAAUGGCUGCCACCGUUUGAACACGGGAAAUAAUCAUCAACGGCAAAAGAAUCAGUCAUGUUGUGGAAAGAAAAAUCAUACAUCAUCCUAAAAUUUUCACCAAACAGCGCCCCUACAAACAGUUUUCUCACUAGUGUGGUGCUAAGUGGUAUUACAGCACAUUGUUUAUUUUGGCUUUAUUACUGAAACAGCACCCACCUAUGUUGCAAUUGUUUUCGAAAAGAUAAAACAAAAUGACAAUUACUGUGUGCCACAUUGCGACAAGCUACAACUCAUAAUGUUAAUGAAAAAAUUAUAAGAGAGCUUGAUGUUUGUUUGUUUGUAACAUAAAAACAAAAUGACAACAAGCGUGUGUAACCUAUUAGCUAGUUAGCCUUUUUCAUUUUGGAUGUAACGGUAAAUUGUUAAACGUAGAUGCUAUGGCGACAAAUUACGACUCGUAAUACUAAUGAAAAAAGAAUGAGCUGGCUCAAUAAUUGAUCGUAACAUGAAACCAAAACGACAACUAGUGUGUAUAAACUAUUAGCUAGUAAGCUAUUUUUUUGUGAUUUCGAACAUAGUGAAUAUCUUUAAACAUAAAUGAUGCUGGACAAUCUACAACUUGUAAUGUUGACAAAAAGAAAAUGGUGCACUAGCGUGACGUUUUUUCGGAACAUGAAAAAAUGACAACUGUGUAACCUAUUGCUAGUUAGCCUUUUUCAUUUUGGACGUAAUAUUAACGUAGUUGAUAUUAUUGCCACAAACUAGGACUAGAAUAUUAAUGAAAAAAAUGAUGAGCAUGCUCAAUGUAGCAUAAAAACAAAAUGACAGUUAGCAUGUGUAAGCUAUUAGCAUUUUUAUAUUUCAAACAUAGCAUAAAUCUUUAAAUGUAAAGGACCCUGGACAAUCUACGGCUUGUAACGUUAAUGAAUAAAACAAUGAGGUAGCUCGACGUUUGUUUGUAAGAACAAAACAACAGCUAGCAUGUGUAAGGUUUUAGCUAAUUUGCCUUUUUCAUUUUGUACGUAACAUUAAAUUGUUCAACGUAGAUAACUAUUGCCUCAAAUGUUUGUGAAAUAUGAACAAAAAAAUAUGAGCUGGUGCAAUGUUUGUAAUAUAAAAACAAAACAACUAGUGUCUGUUAGCAUUUUCCGUAAAGGACCCUGGACAAUCUACGGCUUGUAAUGUUAAUGAAUAAAAUGAUGAGCUAGCGCGACGUUUGUUUGUAACAUAAAAACAAAACGGCAUCUAGCGUGUGUAAGGUUUUUGCUAAUUAGCAUUUUUCAUUUUGUACAUAAAUUGUUCAACGUAGACAACUUUUGCCUCAAACUUGUGAAAUAUGAACAAAAAAAUUAUGAGCUAGCGCAAUGUUUGUUCGUAACAAAAAAACAAAACGACAACUAGUGUGUGUUAGCUGUUAGCAUUGUUCUUAUUUGGGACAUUGCGUAAAUCUUUAAACAAACAAUCCUGGACAAUCUACGACUUUAACGAAAAAAAUAGCUACCUUAGCAUGUUUGCAGCAGGAAAACAACUAGCCUGUAGUUAGUUUUUUUUUUUUUUUUUUUUUUUAAUGUAGACUAUGGCGACAAGCUACGACUAGUGAUGAUGAGUUAGCUGAACAUUUGUUCUUAACAUAAAACAAAACAACAAGUGUGUGUAAGCUAUUAGCUAGUUGGCCGUAAGGUUAAAUGUAAAAAAAAUAAAAAUAAAAAAUAAAUACAACUUGUAAUGUUAAUUUUUUUUUUUAUUUUAUUUUUUUUUUAAAUGAAGAGCUCCCUUUCCCUUUGUUCAUGACAAAAACAAAACAACUAGCAUGUGUAAGUUAUCAGCUAAUUAGCCUUUUUGUUUAUUUUGGACGUAAUGUUAAUGUUAAACGCAGACAACUAUUACUAUUCCAAAAACACGAUGAGUGAAUUUUAUACUAAUUCUUAACAAAAACAAAACAGCAGCAUGCAUGUGUAAGCUAAGGAGCGAUAAUUGUAUCUUAGCCCUGGUUUUAUCGCGAUAGCACCCUUAGCUGUUUUUUCCCCAGUUGUUACGACGUAAACCACGACCAAUAACAUAAACAAAAAUAAUGAGAAAACUUCACGCUGAUUUCUUACAUAAAAACAAAAUGACAAUGGUAAACAACUAGCGUGUGUAAGUUAAUAGGUGACAAUUUGAGGUCACCGCUAGUCUUGUCGUGACAGUGCCGUUAGCUCUUAGCAUAUCAGCCACUUUUUUUGUUAUUUCGAACAUAGUUUGCCAUUAAGGCAUAACGACUGGUAAUGUUAACCGUUAAAAAUAAUAAGCGAAUUGUAUGUUAGUUUGUAGCACAAAAAACAAUACAACUAGUGUAAACUAACAAUACAUGGGGUAUUUGUCCACUAGUUGCGGUUUUAUUUUUAUGUUACGAGCUCAAGUAAAAUUGCUUAUUUUUAAUCGUUAAAAUUAUGAGUUGUAGUUUAUGUCUUAAUAGUUAGUCGUCUACGGUCAACAAUUUACCGGUAACUUUACAUUCAAAAUUACAAAAAAAUUAGAAUUGUUAAAUGUAGACAACAAUAAUGACGUGAACUUUGACACAUAACAUUACCAGUAACAAUUAGAAAAUAAUGAUUGUGAUAAUUUUAUGUUAUCAUGCGUCUUGUCGUUGGAAUGGCAUUGACUAUUAGCAAAACGUUUUGUUUUGAACAUAGUUUAAUUGGUGAAUGGAGAUGUGCAACAAUUACGAUCUAAACUACGACUUAACGUUAACAAAUAAAAGAUAACGAUUGCGACAAUUUUACAUUACCUUGUCUCUUAUGGUUAUUCCUGACCUCUUUGUUCGAUAUUAACAAGAAAAUAAGCGAUAAGAUGUGAAGUAAGCCAAUGAGCGACCAUUUGACCGUUAGCUAACAGUAUUAUUAAGAUUCAGAUUGCACUAUUAGCAUCUCCUCGUUUGACUGUUGAAGGUUCACGUGGCGAUGCAGUUUUGUUUUUGUGAACAUGAACUAACGACAUUGUCGCCCGUGUCCAUAUUAUUAUAUUUAACAUCAUGUCAACAUUUGAGCCAUAAAAAGACAAACACAUGCUUUGCUUUUUAUUUGUGUUUUUAUUCAGGGAAUAAAUAAAUCGUAACUUUGGCCAAAAGAUAUAUGUAUUUUGUAUUUUUUUUUUUAAAUUAUUAUUAUUUCUGCUUUCAUUCACUGAUGGUGUAGUGGUACACUUGCCUGACUUUGGUGCGGGCAGAGUGGGUUCAGUUCCCGGUGUGAAUGUUUGUCCGUGUCUGUAUGUGCUCUGGGACUGACUGGCGACCAGUUCAGGGUGUAGUGCGCCUUUCGGCCAAAGUCAGCUGGGCUAGGCUCCAGCGCCCCGUGACCCUAAACAGGAUGAGCGGUGUUGAAAAUGGAUGGAUGGAUUUUUGCUUUCUUACAUAUGAGGAAAAUGACUGAUGACUCCCAUUUUGAUUUGCAGUUUAUUUUGCCAAGAAAUGUGUUUUAUGUCCUUUCUAAAGUAUGAAAUGAGGCACUCAGUUUGAGCUUUUCAGCUUGUUUUUCUCCUUUCACUGUUGAUGGCCAAUAAAAAAAAAAAAAAAAAAAAACUCUUGAAGGGAAUUAUGCUGUCGUCAUCUUUGAUGAAGUGUUCAGGUUCGUUUUUCCACCAAAAUGGUCAACAAUGAGGAUGGGGUUUGAACCCAUGCUAAAGAGCACAAUGGAUGAGUAGUCCAUCGCUUUUACCACUCAUCCACCUCAUCUUCUGGUUCUGUAUGUCCUCAGUGGAAGUUUACAACUAUGUCCUAAAUCUGCCAUGGUUUCAAUAAAUGUCACCUGUAAACUAUUUCAACCACGCUGCAACAGUUCUGUUCCACCUGAGUUCUGUGUUUUCAUUUUCUAACAGUGUUCAAACUGUUCCGCCUGUUGUGUAAUCCACAUUUCACCUGUAUUUUGUUCCACCUGUGUUCUGUUUCCUACAGUAAAUGUGUCCCAACUCGGUUCGAAUGUUUCCCGCUAAUCGUUCAAUGUUCCGUGCUCAUGCUGUGUUCUACCGAUGCUCUAAGUGUGGUGUAAAUAUGUUUCACCUGUGUAACUGUUCUGCCUGUGUUUGUGAUCUGUUACAUUUCUGUUUUGACUCUUCCACCUGUUUUCCACAGUAAAUGUUCCACCUGUUCUCUGCUCCACCAGUGUUCUACCAAUGCUUCAACUUUUUCCACCCGUUACGCGGGUCAGUUAUGAUCUAACUGUGCUCCACAUACAGUAUGUUUUACCUGUUCCAGCUGUGUUCUGCGUUUUUACUAUGGUUCCACCUAUUUUCCACGUUCUGUUCCGCCUUUGUUCUGUAAUCCACGUUUUACCUGUGUUCUAUUUUCCACAGUAAAUGUGUCAUACUAAUGUUCUGACCUCCACCCGUUUUCUACCUAUGCUCUAAGCGUGGUGUAAACGCGUUCCACCUGUGUUCUGUGCUCCAGCUGUUUUCUACCUAUGCUCUAAGUGUGGUGUGUUUCACCUGUGUUCUGACCUGUCUUGUAACUGUUCUGCCGGUGUUCUAACUGUGAUCUGUGUUCCAAUUUUGUUCUGACUGUUCCACCUAUGUUACAUCUGUUUUCUGUUGUUCAACAGUAAAAUGUUCCACCUGUGCUCUGUUCCACUUAGUUCUUUUUGUGUUCCCAUUUUCUGCGUUGUUUUCCCACAAUGCCACCAUUAUUCCAUCUGUUCUGUGUGCCACCUCUGUU